AUGUCUAAGAACGUUGAGGAUGUAUAUAAGAUGGUUUCUUAAGUUGAACACAUUUUAUUGAGACCUGAUACUUACAUAGGGAGUGUAGAGAUAUCAGAUUAAGAAUUAUGGAUUUGUGAGGAUAGUGAUUAGAUUUCAUUCAAAUUUGAAGAAUUUAGUUAUUGUUAAGGAUUAUAUAAGAUUUUUGAUGAGAUAUUGGUGAAUGCAGCAGACAAUUAUUAGAGAGAUAAAUCUACAGAUCGUAUAUCUGUGUCAAUAGAUAAUGAUACUAUAAUGGUAGAGAAUACAGGAGCAGGUAUUCCAAUAUAAAUUCAUAAAUAAUACAAUAUCUAUGUGCCAGAAAUGAUUUUCGGAAGACUAUUAACAUCUUCUAAUUAUGAUGAUUCUGAAUAGAAAGUGACAGGGGGUAGAAAUGGUUUUGGAGCAAAGUUAGCAAACUUAUUUAGUUCUUAUUUCAAAGUGGAAACCAUUCAUUAAUCAUAGAAGUUUACAAUGAUUUGGACAGAUAAUAUGAAGAAACAUUCAUAACCAGAAAUCACUAAGACGAAUGAGAAGCCUUACACAAGAAUAACAUUCAAACCAGAUUUAAAGAACUUCUAGACAGAUAGAUUAUCAGAUAUAGUUCCUUUAUUAUAGAAACGUGUAAUAGAUUUGGCAGGUAUUUUGCCAAUAUCUAUAUACUUAAAUGGUAAGAAGGUGCCAAUCAAUAAUUUUAAAGAUUAUGCUUAAUUGUAUGGAAUAAAUGGGAAAUUUGCUUAUGCAUCUUAGAAUAAGCCACAUAAAUGGGAGAUUUUGGUAAGUUCAUCAGAUGGUCAAUUUAGUUAAGUUUCAUUUGUAAAUUCUAUUAAUACAAUAAGAGGUGGAACUCAUGUAAAUUACAUAGUAGAUUAAAUAGCUGAAGGGUUAUUGAAUCAUAUAAAAAAGAAAUAUAAAGAGAUGAAAAACAUUAAACCUUUUUAAGUAAAGAGUUUCAUUAAAAUAUUUUUAAAUUGUUAAAUUGUGAAUCCUGCAUUUGAUUCAUAGACUAAAGAAACAUUAACAACAAAGGCUUAGAAAUUUGGUAGUACAUUUGAAAUAAGUGAGAAAUUUAUAGAUGAAAUUAUAAAAAAAACAGAGAUUAUAGAUAAUGUUAUAUUGUAGGCUAAAUCAAGAUUAAAUAAAUAAUUAAGUAAAUAAUUAUCAGCCAAAAAACAAUAAAGAUUAUUAGGCAUAGAUAAAUUAGAAGAUGCAAAUGAUGCAGGUACAAAAAAUGCUGAUUUAUGCACUUUAAUAUUAACUGAAGGAGAUUCAGCUAAAUCAUUGGCUAUGGCUGGAAUAGAAAUAGUAGGUAGAGAUAGAUUUGGAGUAUUUCCUUUAAGAGGUAAGUUAUUGAAUGUUAGAGAUGCAUCAAUAUAAAUGAUAAUGAAAAAUUCAGAAAUUGAACAAUUAGUGAAAAUUAUGGGAUUGUAAUUUAAUAAAAAUUAUGAAAAUACAAAAUCUUUAAGAUAUGGAUCAAUCAUGAUUAUGACUGAUUAAGAUCAUGAUGGACAUCAUAUAAAAGGAUUGAUCAUUAAUUUUAUAGAAAAGUUUUGGCCAUCUUUAUUUAAAAUGAAAGGUUUUCUUAAAUAAUUUGUUACACCAAUUAUUAAAGUGACUAAAGGUAAAGAGUCUCAUAGUUUCUUUUCAAUAGGAGAAUAUAAAAAAUUUAUUGCAGAAAAUCCUACAGAAGAUUAUAAAGUUAAAUAUUAUAAAGGUUUAGGUACUUCAACUGAUGCAGAGGCUUAAUAAUACUUUAGUAAUUUAACAUUGCAUAGGAAAGUCUUUACUUAUUCUGAUCAAACAGAUUCUGAUUAUAUUGAUUUAGUAUUUUCAAAAAGUAAGGCUGAUUAAAGAAAGGAUUGGCUUUCAGAGUAUUCAUGGAAAUAAGUUGAAGAUACUCUUGAUUAUAGUAAACCAACUGUUAGAUAUCGAAAUUUUGUAACUGAUUGUUUGUCUAUGCAUUCAAUUAAUGAUAAUUUAAGAUCAAUACCUUCUAGUAUAGAUGGACUUAAACCUACAUAGAGAAAAAUUAUACAUACUCUUCUAAAUCAUAGUAAAUAAGAAUAUAAGGUAAGUUCUUUAAGUGGAUUGGUUACUACUUAUGCUUAAUAUCAUCAUGGUGAAUAAUCUCUUUAAUAAACAGUAGUAGCUAUGGCAUAGAAUUUCACUGGAUCAAACAAUAUCAAUUUAUUAUUACCAAUUGGUUAAUUUGGUACUAGAUCAAUGGGUGGAAAAGAUGCAGCUUAAGCUAGAUAUAUUGGUACUAAAUUAAGUCCUCUUACAACAAAAAUCUUUAAUGAAGAUGAUUUACAUACAUUAAAUUAUUUAGAUGAAGAGGGAUACACUGUUGAACCAUUUUGGUUUACUCCAAUUUUGCCUUUGGUUUUGAUUAAUGGAGCUGAAGGUAUAGGUACUGGAUGGUCUACUCAAGUACCUAAUUUCAAUCCAAGAGAAAUAUGUUAAUAGAUCAAACGAAAAUUGAGGGGUGAAGAAUUUGAAGAGUUAGUACCAUGGUAUAAAGGAUUUACAGGUUCAAUUACAGCUGGAACCAAUUAAUAUAUAGCUAAAGGAUCAUUUAUUUAACAUAAGAAUCAUAUAUAUAUUACUGAAAUACCUCCAAAGAAGACUGUUAAGGAAUAUUAAGCAUUUAUAUAAUCGAAAAUGGAAAUAGCUGAAGGGAAAUCAGAACCUGAAAUAUUAGACAUGAAAGAAUAUCAUGCUGGUAAUAAAGUAUGUUUUGAAUUAAAAGUUACUGAUGAAGUAUUAAAAUAAGAUUUAGAGAAAUAUUUUAAAUUGUAAACUACUAUUGCUAUGACUAAUCUUGUAUUAUUUAAUGAAAAAGGUUUAUUAAAAAGAUAUUCUAAUGUUUCUGAAAUAUUAGAAGAGUUCUAUUAAACUAGAAUUAAAUAUUAUUAAUUAAGAAAAGAAUACUUACUUUCUAAAUAUUAAAAUGAAUUAGAAUUAGUUCAAUCUAAAUCUAAAUUUAUUGAAGGGAUGAUAGAUAAUUCAAUAUAAUUAAGAGGAUUAAAGAAAAAUGAAAUGUGUAAGAAAUUAUAAUCACUUGGUUUCAAAGGUAUUAGUAAGAUGGAAAAAAUAAAGAGUACAAGAAACUUAAAAGAAAUUGAUACUGAUAAUUUAGAAAAACAAUAUGAUUAUUUAUUGAGUAUGCCAAUGUGGAAUUUUAGUGAAGAAAAAAUUAUAGCUUUUAAAUAAUAAAUCAAAUAAUUAUAAGAUUAAAUUAAUUAAUUGAAUAAGAAAACACUUUAAUAAUUAUGGUCUGAAGAUAUAGAUGAUUUUUUAGAUGAAUUAACAAAGGUGGAAGAAUAAGAAACUUAAGAAAUGAUUAAAAGAGUAGAAAAAAAUGCUGAAAAAUUAUUAAAAGGUGGAGCAAAUUAUUUAAAAACAUAUUUAUUAAAAGGAAAAGAUGAUUUUGCUUAAUAAGAAGAUUAUGAUUCAGAAUCUGAUGGUGAUGGUCCAUCUAGAGAUCCAAGAGUAUUAAAAAAAGUGAUUAAAGAAUUUGCAAAUUUUGGUAUUAAAUCAUUAAGAGAUAUACCUUAAUAAAAAUUUAAAAUAUAGAUUGAUAAAUAAACAAAGAAAAAAGAUACAAAAGAAAAUUAAGAUGAUAAUAAAAGUGAAAAACCAAUUUCAAUGGAUUUAGAAGAUGACAGUCCAAAAAGAAAUAAAAAAGUUGUUGAUAGUUAAAGUGAAGAUGAAAUUAUUAAUUAAAAAAAGUAUACUAGAAGAAAUUAAAAAUAAAAUGAUGUUGAAGAAAUUUAAAUAUCAACUAAUAAAGAUUCAUAAAUCAAUAAAUUUGAUAAUAAAAUUAAUAAGGUUGAAUCAAAAAUUGAAAAAGCUGAAUCUAAAAUAAAAAAGAGUAGUAAAUUAAAAAAAAUUGUACCUUAAUAUGAUUCAGAAAAUAAAGCAUCUGAAAUUAAAAGAAAAGCUGAACAAGAAAAAGCAGAAGAAGAUUAAAAAUUAAUAGAAUAAGAAAAAGAAGAAUUAGAAAAAUAAAGAGUUCCUGUUGAUUCUUUAAAAGUUCCAAUUUAAGAUAAAGUAGAAAUGGAUCUAUUUUAAAAAUAUGGAUUUGGAGAUUUUAUGAAAUACCUUACACCAAUUAAUGGUAAAGAUAAUAAUCCUAUUCCAUCCUUAGCUGAUAGAAUACUUUAAAGAACAAAAUAAGGAGAAAUUAAUUUUGACAAAAUUAUAGCUGAUAAAAAAUAAGAAAGUGCCUAAAAAGAAAAAAAAGAUUCAGAUCAUGAAAUUGAAGAUUUUUUAUAAUUAGACUUAAGUGAAGAAUCAGAUAAUAAAUAAAAAGAAAAAGUUACAAAAACUACUCAAAAAACUACAGUUGAGAGAAGAUCAGCCAAAAAGAAUACUGAAUAAUAAUCAUAAUAAAUAACAACAACUCCUUCUAAAAGAAAGUAAAGAAAGUAAAUAAUUGAAUCAAGUGAUGAAGAGGAGCCUUUAAAUAAGAAACAAAAAAGAAAAUGAG